AAAAUAAAAUAAAUAGCUUUUUUUUUUUUCUUUCUUCUUCUUCUUUCUCUUAUUUAUUUAUUAUUUAGAAUGUCAGCUCCUCCCCAAUGUGCCUUUAUUGGUUUAGGUGCCAUGGGUAAAAAUAUGGCUGGCCACAUUGCCAAUAAGUUGGCCUCAAUGAAUUACCCUCCACUUUUAGCCUAUAAUCGUACACAGGCGCGUACUGAAGAACUUCAGAAGACACAUCCUAUCGAAAUUGCUACUAGUCUUGAACAGGUCGCUAAAUCUGCUGACAUCAUCUUUUCUUGUAUCCUGAAUGAUGCUGCUGUUCAAGAAACAAUCCAAACUCUUCUACCUCAUCUUAAAAAGGGUGCUAUCCUCGUUGAAUCCUCUACGAUUAGCCCCUCUUUAGCCAAGGACCUGGCGACUCAGCUCAGUUCACGAGGUGCUCAUUACUUGGCUGCCCCCGUCAUGGGCCCACCUGACAGAGCCAAAAGCGGUGAUCUCACGAUCUUGAUGGCCGGUGGUGACUCCGUCGAGAUUCGCCAGCAGGUACUUCCUCUCCUCCUUAACGUGAUUGGUAAAAGAGUCAUUGAAUUAAGUUAUGAGGAUGCAGCUGAAUCCUUACGUCUCAAACUGUGUGGCAAUUUUUUUAUUACCAGUAUGGUUGAGAUGAUUGGAGAAGGUAUGGCCUUGGGUGAAGCAGUAGGUGUCGGACAAGAUAAAGUAAAGGAGCUUAUUGAUUGUGUCUAUCCUAAUUCUUUAUUAUCACUUUAUGCUACUCGUAUGUUAAAUAAUACCUAUCGUCAUUAUAGAGCUUUCCCUCUCUCGACUGCCAAGAAAGAUGUAGGACAUAUUCUUCACAUGGCAAAGGAAGCAAAUGCGGAGUUACCUAUUACUCAGAUCUUUUUGGAACAUGCUAAUAAAGCUCAAGAAGAACAAGGUGAUAUUGAUAUCUCUGGUGUUGUUGGAUGCUCAAGAGAAAAAGCUGGACUUGGAUUCGAUCUUUAAAAAACAGUAAAAAGAAGCAUUAUUAAAAUAGAUUAUUAUCAUCAUUAUUUAAUUUAUAAUAAAAUAUACUACUAAAAAACA